AUGCCGAUGAAAGUCGCAGCCCUCCUCCUGACGGUGUGCCUGGUCGCCGGCUGCCGAGCUGACGAGGCUGACCUGAGAGAAAAGCGGCUCUUCGCCUACUUCUCCACCACCUCCUCCACCACCGUCACUACCGUCACCAUCACCGACAUUUCGACCUGCCUCUCCACCAAGACCGGAAACUGCAACGGAAGGAGGAAGAAGAGACUGGCACUCAAUUAUAUCGAGGACCUCGAACAAAUGAACGACAUCCCCCUGGACAGCACUCGGCAGGUGGAGAACAUCGAAGUCCGUCAAGUGCGCGCUGCCGAUGACGCCGGGGAGAGGGAAGGCAAGGUCCUGACGAUCUGGACCACGCAUUUCUCGACUCUCACCGUGACCACCACCUCGGUCCUGGCUUCCACCACCGUCACCGCCUCGGCCCUCUGCCUGGCGCCGAAUGUAGCCAAGACUUGCUUCGGGGGGUAAGAGGUAAAGAAGAAGAGAAGAGAAAAUGGAGGGGCAUGGCCGGUGAGGUUGGGUGGUCCGGGGAGAGGAGGCAAAGGGAGGGGAGGAGAGGGCAAGAGGACUUUUUGCUGUUUAUUUUUUCUUUCUUUUUUUCUCUUUAGUUAUUUUACCGUCUGUCGUUCUCUCUCCAUUUUUC